GUGUCUUUAAUUCAGUCUUCAGUCUUCACCUACCAACCCCAUCGCAGCCGUUGAUCUCGCCGGGAAAUGUCAUUCACCACUUUAAAGCCAGUCACCUGCCGGAUCCCUCCGGUGAACGGAUCAAAUGGUCCGUACACUCAACUUUCGAGAGUCACAAUGAUGAAUAGACAAGCUCUUCCUCCUCUACAGGUGAAAGCAGAAAAGGAGAAACAAGAGUUGCAGGAAAAACGCUCGACCGCCACCAAAUCAAGGCGUGAAAUAAUGCAUUUAACGACCGUUUCUCUAGGUCUUGCCGCUCUUCUGCCGCCACCACCAGCUGAAGCACGUGCUAGAAAUGCCACAAUGAGGCAGAAGAUUAUGCAGAAAUUUGAGGAACUCCGGCAAAAAGCCGGGUUGUCGAAAAGCACUAAAGAAGAAGCUGAACAAGAAUAUGACGAAGAAGAAAAGAAACCGAAAGCCGAAAUCAAAGACAAAUCGAACGUGAAAGAAACCACACUACCCCCGAAAGAAGAGUUGUCUGUUCCAACACUUCCAGGUAUCAUGAACGGUACAAUUGUCGAAACCACUCUCCCAUGAUUUCAGCUUUCGAGAAACUUAUGUUGUAAUAGCAUUUGAUGUAUUCUAAUAUUUGCAUUUAUGUUCGUUUUUGCGAGAACUGAA